AAUAAACUUGACAUAACCUCCGCAGUUUUCAUUUUUAGCAAUAAAGCACGAGUUUUCCUAAGUAAUUUAUUUUUUCCUAAAGAAUUAAUUUAAAAUAACAAAAUGUUUGGUGGAGCUCAGCCGAUUUUGGUUUUAAGUCAAAAUACAAAAAGAAAUUCCGGUAGAAAAGUUCAGCUGGAAAACAUUACCGCUGGGAAGGCUAUUGCUGAUGUUAUUAGAACAUGUUUGGGGCCUCAAGCAAUGUUAAAAAUGUUAAUGGAUCCAAUGGGAGGAAUAGUUAUGACAAAUGAUGGAAAUGCUAUUCUUCGAGAAAUCACUGUCCAACAUCCAGCAGCAAAAAGUAUGAUCGAAAUUGCUAGAACACAAGAUGAGGAAGUAGGUGACGGCACAACAUCAGUAAUUGUAUUAGCUGGAGAAAUGUUGGCGGUUGCAGAGCCAUUUUUACAACAACAAUGGCAUCCAACUAUGAUUAUUCGAGCAUACAGAGAAGCUCUCGAAGACAUUAUAAAACAUUUAAACAGUGAUCUAUCAGUUCCCUUAGAUAGAAACAAUCGAGAAGAAAUGGCUAAAGUUGUUAAGUCUUGCAUUGGCACCAAAUUCAUUAAUAGGUGGUCUGAUUUAGCUGUGAAAAUUGCUUUAGAUGCUGUUGAUACGGUUGCCAUGAGUGAAAAUGGAAAGAUAGAUGUGGACAUAAAACGUUAUGCAAAAGUUGAAAAAAUUCCUGGAGGAUCAAUCAGUGAAUCAUGUGUGUUAAGUGGGGUUAUGAUUAACAAAGAUGUAACACAUCCAAAAAUGUGUCGUUAUAUUGAAAACCCAAGAAUAAUUUUACUAGAUUGUCCUUUAGAAUACAAAAAGGGUGAAAGUCAAACUAAUGUGGAAAUUGUUGGCGAGCAAGAUUUUACAAGAAUGCUUCAAAUUGAAGAAGAACAUGUUGAAAGAAUUUGUGCCGAUAUAAUUGCUCUUAAACCAAAUGUUGUUUUCACUGAAAAAGGUGUAUCCGAUUUAGCCCAACAUUACUUAUUAAAAGCUGGUAUCACUGCAAUUCGUCGUCUACGAAAAACUGAUAAUUUGAGAAUUGCUAGAGCUUGUGGUGCAACAAUUGUUAAUCGUACUGAAGAGCUUACUGAAAAAGAUGUUGGUACAAGAGCUGGCCUUUUUGAAAUAAAAAAAAUUGGAGAUGAAUAUUUUACUUUUGUUACAAAAUGCCAGGAUCCAAAAGCUUGUACAAUUUUGUUACGUGGUCCAUCAAAAGAUAUUUUAAAUGAAACUGAACGUAAUUUACAAGAUGCUUUACAUGUUGCUCGUAAUUUAGUUUUGGAACCAAGAUUAGUUCCAGGUGGUGGUGCUAUUGAAAUGGCUAUAUCGCAAAUGUUGACUAAACGUCAAGUCAAAGGACCAUAUAGUGCUGUAGCUCAAGCAUUAGAAAUUAUUCCAAGAACUUUAGCACAGAAUUGUGGUGCUAAUACAAUCAGAUCUCUAACAAUGCUUAGAGCAAAACAUGCUUCGCAUUCUGGUGAUACUGUAUGUGCCUGGGGUAUUGAUGGUGAAUCUGGGGAAAUCGUUGAUAUGAAUGUACGUGGUAUUUGGGAACCAUUAUCUGUAAAAUUACAAGUGUAUAAAACUGCAGUUGAGACAGCUAUUUUAUUACUUAGAAUUGAUGAUAUUGUAUCUGGAUCUAAGAAAAAAGAUGGUAAUAAUGAAGCUCCAACACCAAGUCAAAUGGCCGCCCAAGAAUAAUCCCCUAAUAUAUUUCAAAUACAUAUAUUUGAAAUUGUAUGUUUUUGGGUUAACUUAAAAAAAAAAAUUUACACAAACUCAUUGAAGUAUGCAUUUUUUACUAAAAGUUACGAAGCAAAACACACACAUCUCAUCUAUUCUUAUUUUUAAAUUUCGUUCUGUAUCUGAUGAAAUAUUUUUGCGUAUAACUAAUGGUAUUUCUUUUCAUAAUAAAUAAUUCUAAUUAUAA